AUGUUUCUUGACGCCAAGCUCGUGCCCCUAAGUGUAGCCUUCGCCGCCUACGCCAGCGCUUCUAUCCCCCAGCCGCCCACAGGCAGCGUGACGUCCACUAGGCCUGAGGCCGGCACUCCCGGUGCAGCUUUCCCCAACGGCCAUCCACUCACGCCAGUUACAAAUCACACCUCUGGGGCUACACCUGCAUCAGACCCCACUGGGGCAACUUUGCCAGUGAGCCAUGGAUCUGGCGCAUCAGUUCCUGGAGACAUCUCUUCUGGCCAAUGCUUAUGCCCAGCUCCCCAAACUUGCGGCAGUGGUGCUACUCCUUGGGCUCCGGGAAGCUCCGCUCCUCCGUAUCCUGGUGCAGCUCCACAAGCUCCCAACGGAUACUCAUCCACACCGGACGCCUCCCAGGCCGCUGGUAAUCACAUCCCGUCCCUUCCGGGAGAUUCCCCCAACCCGGCCACUAGUCUUCCUUCCCACCAAGGCGUCAACUUCCCCACCGACUCUCCUGCUACCAAUGCAUCCGCAACUUCCGCGCCUCCCAGCGGAGCCGCCCCAGAGGGAAAUCUCACUGAAUCUAUUGCAAGUCCCACGAUGCUGAACUCAUUUCCCCUUGCUGGUCUCUUCACUGCCGCUGCCGUGGCACUCACCCUCUGA